AUGGCGUCUUUCAAGGAUGACACAAAUGAGAAAAAUAUUUUGUAUAAUCUCACUGUUCAUGCAGAAUGGAAGCUGGACACAGAAGUAUUUAAUCGGACUCAGAAAGACAGUAGAGAACUAACUCUUUGGAAGAAAAUUACCUUGACCUCAUACAGAAGCUUCUGGAAUUUUUUAAGGAAUAUUGGACUUAGAUUACCUUUUAAUUCAGGUCCACUGUGGGAUCUUCCUCCAGGAUUUGUACAUAUAGUGAAUUGUCAGUUGGCGUGGAAUAUUGCUGUUGGCAGAUGUGGUCAGUUAGUUGCUAUUCUGCAGGAUCAGUUUGUGGAGAUAAGAUCUUCUCGUGAUGAUUACAGUAGUGUAUUCAGCCGAGCAGUAAUUUUGUGUGAUCACUAUCCUCAGUGGCGACAAAUUGCCUGGAGUACAGAUGGAGCAUUGCUUGCCAUUUCUCAUAGCAGUGGAACAGUUCAGGUCUUUGACACAUUUGGAACACAUCUUUUUGAUAUACCUUCAGUAAGUAUCUUUAAAUUAUCUGUCUAUAUAGAGUAA